CCGCAGCAGCACCACGGCCAGCCGCACCAGCCGCCCCCGCCGCCGCCCCACCCGCACCAUACCCACCACCACCAGCACCACCAGCACCACAACCACCACCAAGCCCAGCACCCGCACGCCCACCAGGGCUCUCCCCACCUCGACCCCGGCAUGAGUUCCUAUUUCGCCAACUCGUACAUGCCCGACCUGCGCAACGGCGGCGUCGUGCCCGCGGAGCACCCGCACGCGCACUACGGCGCCGCCGUGCAGCAAGGCCCCGGAGGCGGCGCCGACCCCAGCUCGGGGGCGGGCGCCGCCUCGUGGGGCGGCGGCGGCGGCGGCGCCGGGGCGCAGCAGCCGCCUCAGGGCAUGCCCUACCCGCGCUUCCCUCCCUACGACCGCAUGGACAUCCGGAGCGCAGCCUACUACGGCGCGCAGCAGUCCGGCGGCGGCGGCGGCCUCGACGGCUCGCCCGGGGGCGGCGGCGGCAACGGGGGCGGCGGGGGCGGAGGCUACCGCUCGGGUUCCCCCAUGGGUGGUGGCGGGCAGACCCCCGUCGUGUACGCGAGCUGCAAGCUCCAGGCGGCGGCGGCCGCGGCGGCCGCGGCGGCGGCGGGGAACGGGGGCGGGGCGGGCGGCGGGGGCAGCCCGCCGCUGGACGUGCCGCCCCACCAGCACCAGCACCACGCGCACCACGCGCCGCCCCACCUGCAGCAGCAGCAGCAGCAGCAGCAGCAGCUGUACGCCGACCCGGCGCCGCAGCAGCAGCAGCAGCAGCAGCCGCCGCCGACGCAGCAGCCGCCGCCGGUGCCGCCCCCGCACCAGCACCAGCCUCCGCUGGGCGCCGGCGUCCCGCCCCCCGGCCACCAGCACCAGCACCAGCACCCGCAGCAGCAGCAGCAGCCGCCCCCGCAGCAGCACAACGGCAGCCCCGCCAACACGCUGCCCAGCCCGCUCUACCCCUGGAUGCGAAGCCAGUUCGAGCGCAAGCGCGGCCGGCAGACGUACACGCGCUACCAGACGCUCGAGCUGGAGAAGGAGUUCCACUUCAACCGCUACCUGACGCGCCGCCGGCGCAUCGAGAUCGCGCACGCGCUCUGCCUCACCGAGCGCCAGAUCAAGAUCUGGUUCCAGAACCGCCGCAUGAAGUGGAAGAAGGAGAACAAGUCCAAGCCCGACGCCGGCCAGAACGGGGACGGCAACGCCGGCUCCGACAUCACCCCGCAGACGUCGCCGCAGUGAGCGGGCCGCGCGCCCACCACCCUCCGCCACGCACCUCCGGCCUCCGCACAGAGGAAUUCGCCGGAAGGACUCCCUCCCUCCCCCCGCCCCGCCCCGACCCCUCUCAAAAGCUGUUCCCGCAGAAAAGUAUUAUGACGUCCACCCUCAUGUGCCCCCGAGAAAUUUUGUGGCUGUCCCUCCCCCAUAACCCCCAUACAUCGUUAGAGAAAGGAACCUUUUUACUCAGAGCGGCAGCCUUUUUUUUUUUUUUUGCAAUUACACAGCUGUGCGUGCGAGUGUGUGCUAAAUUAUAUAUAUAUACAUAUUCGCGUAUAGUCACUAUAUUUAAGAAAGCAGCGCUUGAAGUGUAGCAAGAGGAGACAGUGAACAAAAUUUGAAAAUAUAUAUAUUAUAAAUGUGCUAAAAUUUUGACAAGUCCAAUGUAAAUAGUCACUAAGCAUAUAUUCAAACUGUUUUCUGUGCGUUUCUAGACGUGUGCGUGUAAGCGCUUUUAAAUUAGGAACUUGGCUGUAAAUGGGAUGUGGCGUUUAUGGAACAAUUUGUGUUCAGACGCAAGCUCAGACGAAGGGGAACGUCGACACUGUAGCUCAAAGGAUGCUAGCAGAUUCAACCUCUUCAGUUAACAACCUGGGCAUAUGGGAGGCACAUCCCAAUUUCUUUUAAUGCAUCGCAUCUAAGCUCACUGUCGUACAUUUCAUAAAAUCCGUGUAAAAAGAGAGGAAGAAAUCAAAAGAACACACGAUUUCAGCAUCCAAGUAGAAAAGCAAGUAUAAUAACAAGCUUAGUAUCACGAGCUAACUUUAUUCUAGGAAAAACAAACGACAGAUGUGCUUGUGUUAACAGUAGAUGAAACGCUACAGUAAAUGUUGUCACAACCUUUUUGCCCUCAUGCCAAUGUGAUGCAGCUAGAAGAACCUAUCCCUUUUACAACUGAACGCUGAGAAUACGUUUUGCAUUGCCCCCUUUUUUUUUAAAAAAAAAGAGAGAAAAAAUGAAAGUGACUUCUUCAGUGGAGCGACUGACUGUUUUUGAUCUGCCAAAAUGUGACGAAAGAAGAAGGGUAACCAUGUGUUGUAGCGACCUACGAAGCACACGUUUAACGCUCUGACUGUAAUGCGGUCUCCUUUAAAAACCUCAGAAACGAGAUUUUUCGAAGAGAGGAAGACCUACGAGAGAGUCCUCUAUGUGGAUAAUUGAACGAAGGCUGCGUGGUUGGUCUGCGCAGAUCUCCGACAAUUUCAUGACUAGUCGCAACGAGCGAUGAAUGUGUGCAGAUGCGCCGCCGAUGGUCCAGUAUUUUCAAGCUUUGAAAGUGCUUAGCUGUGUGUGUGUGUAUGCGUGUGCAUCGAAGCUCUGCAGUGUUAUCGUAUUAAUGUAGGAGGUAAAGAAAAAUUGCGAGCAUCGUAUUACUGGUGAUCAGGAAGUGAGUUAUUCGAGUGAAAGUUGCCAAAAGUGAUAUUGCUAAUUGUUUCCUUGGUCGUGUGGCAGUAGUAAUGUUUCGCCCAGUUAUGAGAGUCAACACCAUCGUUCCCUGAAGGGUCGCUGCCAUCGCCAGUCUGCAGCCCCAAAACGUCCUGCCCAUCUUCAGUGGGAGAGAGGUCCAUCUACAUUGCCCUCCCUUCCCCCCACCCCCCCAUCCCACGUACGUGCAGGAAACCUCUGGGCCAUGAAACGUCUACACGACACCAGUCUAAGAAGUGGCAGAUCAGAAGACAUUGAGGUUCACAGGCGUACGCCGUACCGUGUAAGAACAGACAAGCUCUGCAGACUUUCGUCGGAAAGGUCAGUGAAAGACUAUGAACAUUGCUGGCUGGAUCGUUCAUUUUUAAUUUUUCUUUUUCAAUAUGUGAUAAAGACGCUUUUAACUAGUUAGUAAGGACAUUUCUAAAAAUGCUAAAAAAAUACAUGUUAGAGUUCUAGAAUGUAGUGUUCCAAGAGAUAUUAUUCAGUCUGAUACCACACGUGGAGGAACUUUUGUGGCUACCAGUUUUAUUAAUAAAUUUUAUUUUGCUCCAGUGAAUGGAAAAAAUAUACGUUCCUAAUCACCUGUACAGCUGUACAGAGUAGGUCCACAAUGCCCUCCAUGGUGCAGACUGGUUAACAUCUGUUGGAAUGUAUAGUUCGUGUUGAGCAAAAUUUUAUUUUGUAGUCUAUCUAUCUCUAUGCCCCAUGAGAUGGCUCUGUGUCAAUGUCCCUUGCUGUCCCCAACCCACCAGUUGACCAUUUCAUUUGAUGUCUGCUGGUGUGACAACCUUAAAGCUACCAAAAUAGUGGAGAGACUUACAUGCAGAGAUUAUAGAAAUGUUGGUUCCGAGCCUAACUUGGAAUAUUAUGGUUAGAUGACACGUGUAGAGUAAGAAGGUGAUAUCACCUCACUUGUGAGGGCUUCGCGUAUUGUAGUUGAACAGUACCUCAGCUCUGUUUUUGAAUUUUCUAGAGGUCAGUUUGUCAGUAGAGGGGGGCACCUUUAUCCCCAUACAUAUUAUUAAAUGUGCAAUAUAAACUAUGAAAUAUAUAUAACUAUAUACAAGGAAAGAUUUAUCGUAUAGUUCAUUACAUGUGAAUGCAUAGAACGACUAGCUAUUAACUCGUAAGUUUUACACUACUGUAUGUGAAUACCAGCUAUGAUGGUUGAGCUUACAGACAAGAAAAAGGGGGAAAUUCGAAAGGUAUUCUUGAUUUUCCAACAAUAACACCUGUAGAAUGCGUCACGUAGAAAGCAAGAGAACAAAGAUAAUAUAGGUAUCGAUAUAGAAUACCAUUUUGCACUAUGUUAUGUUAUUGAUUUUGUGACUAAACGCGUUUAUACCAAAGCUGAGAUAAAUUAUUUUUAUUUUCGUUCAUUGUUAACUAGGAAAAAUAUAUAAUUUUCCAUUAUUGUAAAAUUCCUUGGCUCAGUUACCAGAGGCCUCGUAAUAUAUAAACCAUGAACAUAUUUUCUAAUUAAAAGAUAUAAUAACUUCCUGUGUGUUUACAUCUCUCAUAGAGUUUCAAUGAAUCUUACAUCAAAAAUUUCAGUUUCGCUAUUCGUUAACACUUCAAUAGAUUUUUUUUGUUUUACAUUAAAUAUAUACAUUUCAUGCAAAAUUAUCACAAUGAAUUGACAAAAGGAAUAAUUUGUGGACAUUCAAUUUUAAAGAAACCAAAUCGCUAUUUUGUAUACAAAGGCAAAAAGGCAACAUUACAUCAAUAUAAUGAAACUAGGGACUUACAUAAUUAAGGUAUAAAAGCUUAUUAAAGUAUAUACAUUAUAUUUCAAAAGGAAUAAAAAUCGGUAUUUGUUAUAAUAGGAGGAAUGCUGGGACCCCUCCAUAUGAAAUUGUUUGUGAUGAAUUGUAUAAUUUCUUUUUUCAGAUGAACAAGGAAACGAUAUACGUAAGAAGGAGUCUGUAACAAAACUUGCACACACUUUUUUGUGUAAGAUUGAAACUGGUAUACGUAAUAUAAAAUGACGUAAACUAUUUCUGGUCCUAUAUGAAACUGUAGAAUACGUCUUUAUACACCAAUGGAAUAGCAUACAUAUGUUUCGUACAGAAGUUUUGAGUGUUUCGAUAGGUUUAAACUAAUUUAUAGCAAGAAAUAUGUGCUGUGCUAAAAUACGUACUACUGAUAUUAACAAAAAAGAACACUUUUUUAAGAGGAAGGUAUUCUCAGAACAUAUUUCAUAUUCCAUAGAAAGUAAUGGAAAGUAUUUGUCUUUACUAUUAACCAUUGAUGUGUAUUUGUUAAAGUCUACACACUAAAAUUUGGGACAACCGAUUCAGAGAUUAUUGUAUCAAUUCUGCUGAAAAAACCACAGCAUCGGUAGUCAUCAAAUGAGUGUUGUUUGUCGAUUUAUUUUACUUGAAUUCAUUAUUGUAAUUCAUCAUAAUUUUUGUAUGAUAAGUAUUGUUUCGAAAGAAUGAGAAUAUCCUAUAUAAGUAUACAUACAUAUAUAAACAGUCACAUCGCGUUCAAUAUUAUUAUAUAGUAUAUUAAAUUGAAGUAACUAAACAUAAAUAUUCACAGAAGUUCGAACACUUGAGUCUUGCGGUUCAAUUUCACCAGAAGAAAACAGUACUACUAUUCAUUUCUCAGACAUUAUAAGUAAGCAUUAAACGUUGACUGUAGUUUGUGAAAAUUACAUAAAACAAUUCAGAAAUGGGUCCUUGUAACUUUUCGUAGUGUAAAGAUAUAUUUAAAAGUCUUGUGCGUGUGUGAGUUAAUUUUUUGUAGUUAACUGUACAAAAGUAAUAAUAAUAAAUUAAUAUAAUAAACAGUG